UUGAAAACAGCUGUUCAGAGGAAAGGAAACUUGUCUGUCGCAUAUUUCCUCCCUUUACUCCCUUUUCCAGCGGAGGGAACUCGCCACGAUAUCGCAAUGGCCCCAGAUAACCCGAGGAACAUGAGAUGAGUGCAGUGCCGGGACGAAAUGUGGAGUGAUUAAGCCGUAAAGAGGGGAAAAGAGGGAAAAUCUGUCGAGCCGUGUGUGUGUGUGGACUUGACACGAGCUUCAUAUUAUACAUAUUUUUUUUUCGGUUUCUUGUUUGGUUUAUAUUUUUCCCCCCUUAUUUACAUAUUUAUUUACGGAUUCUUAUAUAACUGCGAUAUCAGCGAGAGGAACACUUCAUUCAAGGAGUUUCCAUACGAAUUUCCUUUUUUUUUUUUUUUUCUUUUUUUUCCCCCCCUUCACCUUGUUCAUUAUUCUUUUAAAAAAUGAAUCUAUCAUCGAGAGAAAGUGCUUCAAAAAAAAUGAAUACGAAUACGUGCAAUAACAUGGCAGAGAAACUUGGGGUGGAUGGUAAAGUGAAGGACAUGGAAUUGGGAAACACAUUUAGCAGGAAUUUCAAGGAGGCAUUCCAUACCCUGAGGUAUGACUUCAAGCCAGCCAGCGUGGACAAUCAAAAGAUGGGCACAGUGGAGGUGGAGGGCAACCACCAGGUGACGGUGACAGUGCCGCAUGUCGAGGGGGCCGGCACCACGCAGACAGUCUUCAAAGGAAAUCACAAAGCAGUAGCCAAGGAGUGCAUCCUCAUAAUUGACCACGUAACAGGCGAAAUCGUCCUUGAGCGCAUAUCACAAGCCAUUAUUGUUAAAACUACCAGGCCAGAAGGCAGCAGCCGUUUGCCCACGCAGCGCCCUCCAACGCCCCUGGACCCCUCCAGAAAAAGUUCGCCACCCCAGAAGUGCUCCCCCUCCCAUCCCCCUUCACGAGGCUCAUCCAACUCGCUGCCAUACUCGCGGCCAUCACCCUCGCAUGCCAAGCUCUCUCCACCCUCCAAAUCAUCACCACACACUAGGUCCCCCAUCCCCAGCAAAAGCCCCAACAAUAACCACUGCACAGCUCCUGGUUCCAUGCCCAUGUUGGGCUUCGACGAUAAUAUCCCAGAGAAUAAGACUGGGUCUAUGAUGAGUGAUUCAUCCAGCGACUCGGAUAGCAAUAGCAGCAGCUCGUCCUCCAGCGACUCCGAUUCUGACUCGGAGCCCGAGCAGGACACCAGAGGCAAGAAAGCCAAUGGACACGGUGCUGGAGGGGGAACUAUACCAAAUGGAUCAAACUGUCUCAUGAAUGACCUAGAAUUAUCAUCAGUGUCUGAAGACAGUGACUAGUGUUAGUGCGAAGAGGUUGUAACAUACUGGUACUUUCAGUGGAACUUUUGAAGCAUGUAAAGAAAAAAUCAUUUUUAUUUUUAUUGAUUAUUUUUCUUUAACUUGACCAGAAAAAUGGACUGGUAGACAAUACAGCAGAAUUAUAUAAUUUUUUUUUUCAUUAUUAUUUUUGUGUGUUAUAGCCAGUGCAACCUGGCCUUUAGACAAACACAACCAUUGCAUAAGAAGUCAUCAGUAUAAACAGCAAUAGACAAUGCUCAUUAUAUUUAUAUUGGAUAAAGUAAUUGAGUUGUAAUAAUAUUAUUAUUAUUGUUGUUAUAUCAUUUUAUUACCUUUUUUCCUUUCCUUUUUUUAUUACAUUUUAUUUACCCCUAAAAAACUUAAACGGUUAACAUUUUACAGGGAAUACACUGAAAGACAAGUUUCGAGGUGUGCCAACAAGGCACGUGAAGCCUGAUUUUAUGUGUUAUAUUUACUUAAUAUUUAAGUUAUAGUACAGAUGACCCUGAUAUCAAUGGAUUAUACAUAUCUGAACGACUUAAUAAACACUUAAAAGUACUGAGCAGAAAGCAUAAUAGUAUUUUCCAUAGGAUGGCUUUCGAGAUUCUUGGAGGUGAACCAUGUAUUCCUAGUCCUGUUGUGUGCCUGUGUUUUGUACUAGGCAAUGAUGUCUUUUUGAUAUCAUUUACAAGGUUGGACUUCAAGUGGAAAAUAAGAAUAAAAACAUGUUAAAAUGUAUGAUAAAAUCUUUAUAGAUUUGUCAAUGGCGAUUCAGUAUUUGUUAGUGAGAUUUUUUUUUUUUUUCCAUUCUUUUGGCUAUUGGCCACACAAAUGUUCCUCUUUUCAAAUUACUUUAUUAUAAUGUAUGAUAUUUUAUGAAUUUCUGUUGCCUACUAUCAGUUUAGAUUUUUAUUUUUGUGGUUGUGCUACAUAUUAAAAAUUGUGUAGAGCAUAUCCCAAUCUGCCUUCACUGGACAUUUCAGUAAAGAUAUAAUAAUCA